AUGUACGAGCCCUCGACCCACGACCCGCCCGAACCACACCGUCCCCUAAUCUCCAUCCUCACCGACCUCGAGCACGCUAUCCGGGCCGACCCGCCCAAGACACCCACCGAGUCCGGCCGAGUCCACCCACUCACCCGACUCGUCAUGGACCAGCUCCACCACGCGUGCUUGCAAAUGGGCCCAAGCCCAACCGAGCCCAACAAACUCAAUGACGAAAACGAUCGGGUCUUAACCAUGGUGUCCAGCGUAAUGGACCUGCUCGAUUCUAACCUCGAGUCCAGAUCCCGGCUGUACAAAGACCAAGCGCUCGGCUACAUAUUCAUGAUGAACAAUCGGCGCUACAUUCUGCAGCAGGUGAAGGAUUCGGAGGAGAUGAAGGCCCUGAUGGAGGACACGUGGUGCAGGAAAAGAUCCUCUGAUUUGAGGCUGUACCAUAAGGAGUACCAGCGGGAGACUUGGGGAAGGCUGCUCGCUUGCCUCAAUCCGGACGGGCUAACCUCGCCUGCAAACGGGAAGCCCGUUAAGCCCGUUCUGAAAGAACGGUUCAAGAGUUUUAAUUCAAUGUUCGACGAGAUUCACAAGACGCAGAGCAAUUGGGUCGUGAGCGACGAGCAGCUCCAGUCCGAGCUCAGGGUCGCGAUUUCAAACAUGGUUGUGCCGGCUUAUAGGCAAGUUCAAAGUAACGACCAAUCGGGACUUACAAAGGACAAAACAAGGUCGUGA